CGUUAAGCUCCAUGUUCCCUCACGCCUUCGUCCAAGCCCGGCUUCUUCCUCACCUCUCCAUGGCUGGAACUUCUUACUACGGUAACGUAGUCGCGGAUCUAUUCCAAACGCGCCCGUUUGCUGCUCUUCGUGUCCAUUGGCUGCCCGACAUGGGCUUUUACGAGGCGAGCCCACCUUAUGGAGGCAAAGGACUCUUCAUCAUCUCGCAAGAGAAGCCUCGUCCUCCGUUUCGUGACUUUUAUAUUCCGCUUACCGCUGGCGAUGAGAGGCCGCCCUUGCAUCUCAAUGUCCCAUUACCAAUUCAAGGUCCUCUUUACCUACACAUGUUCCCCGCGAUAUCGGAGCGAUUCGAGAUGCGCGCCUCAGGUCCUAUGGACCAAAGUUUUCAUCAGCUCGAUCCUGCUAGCAUCGAACGUUUCAUCUCAUUCUUCCGCCACGCGAGACCGCCUCGUGUCAUGUCGCCGCCUCGUUCUGGCGGCUCAGACGUAGUUCAGUCGGGGUGGUCAUCCUUCAGCGGCCCGCCUCAAGCUGAGAUUUCGAGACCUCGUAGAGGCUACAUUUUCGAGAUAACCCCUAUAUCUACCGACACCUUCACGCAGACAGAUACCGUCUGGAACGAGUUGCUGCUUUGUGACCAGCUCAUCAAGGAUUAUUCCUGGUUUGGAGUCACCAAAACUGUCACUUGGCUCAAAAGGCUUCGUAACACGCACGUCGAGACUAGGGUUCUGCAAUUCCCAGUGGGGAACUACGACAGCAUUGUUCCCAUUCUCCCCGACGAGCACUCCUCCGUACUGUUCCGCAUGACAAUUGCCAUGGACGAAGAAUCGGAACCUCCUAAGACAAUAACGGAGCCGUCUUCGAACGAGGAUGACGACGAAGAUGACGACCCGUCCCCAUUUGAUUCAUUUGUACCCGUGCAUGCUGCCGAGACUAUUAUCCCUAAAUCCCCACCCAAGAUGAUCGUACUUGAUAUGUGCAGUAUUUUCUUCGACCAUCAUGCUGCCGUUAUCGCUGCCCUCGCCGAAUUUCGCCUUGAUACACCCCAGAGGAACAAGGCUAUCCGGCGGCUUCGCGAGCUGGAGGCUCUCGAGUAUGCUGCGGGAGGUGGCACAUACCAGGACGUUGUUAGGCGCGCUCUUCGUAUCUUUGCAACAGAAAUGAAGCGUCCCCAUCUGAAAGUGGAAGCUCUUGCGAUGGCGGUGCUUCGUCCGCCACUCAGAUCCGCGGUGCGCGAGUCAGUACAGCAGCUCCUCCAUUCGGGCUUCCAUGUUAUCGGGUAUUCUGCCAUGGACGCUACGACAUUUCAAGCAUACCUGGAGCCUGCCAUACAUGACCUUCGUUUGCCCGUGGUGUCCCCUCUACCCGGCGAUGCACGAGGUCUAUUCGCACCGUGUGUGGAGCAACUUCGGAGCGUUUUGGACUACGCGUCAGCUCGACCCUCUCCUCUUAGUCCCGAUCAAAUUCUUGUCGUCUCCUCGUCGUCCGUGCGCAGCUUAGAGCCAGCCACCGCCGUGGGCAUGGCGACGGCGCUGCUCGCCGAGGCCGAUGAACUCGAAGUGCAGGCGCUCAAGAGAACGUAUACAGCGAGGUCGACAAUGGUGACAUCCCUGACGGAUCUAGCGACCACUGUCUCCGCUCCAGCGCUCUGGAGACGCAGUGUUCCGGACCGCGGAGUCACGGUCCCAAAUCUAAGGGUGGCUGGUAUAUAUCAAUUGUUCCGGAUUUACAAAGAUAGUGAUAUUGUGGUGACCGCUCGUUGCAUUAACUGGCUCACAGGUGAAGAUGUCGUGGUGAAGGCCUCCAUAUCGUACGAGACAGUGAAGAGUAUUGUACCUUACGAGGCGGUGGUAUACAAGCAACUCUCGAGCUGUCCAAACGUUGUUCCCGUCCGCUGGAGCGGGAAGAUGGGGAACGCCGACGUUCUUGUUAUGGACUGGCUUGGACCGAAUCUUGACGAUCUCCGCCGUGCAUGCCGGGGAAAGUUGUCUCUUCGGUCUGUGCUCAUGGCCGGUAUCUCAAUUUUGCACUUCGUCGAAUUCGCCCAUUCGCGCGGUGUCAUCCUACGCGAUAUCAAGCCACAUAAUUUUGCGGUAGGUGGCGUUCCGGAGGAAGCAUCCCGCAUCUACGCAUUCGACUUUGGCUUGGCCACUAUGUAUGUCAAUCCAAUGAGCGGAAAACACAUACCUCUUCGCACAGGGCGUAAGCUCUACGGAACAUGGAGAUACUGUAGCCAUUGGACGCACAAAGGCCUUGAGAACAGUCGCCGCGAUGACAUUGUUGUUCUCGGGCACACUCUCCUCGAGCUGCUGCACGGACAGCUGCCCUGGAAAGGCAUCUCUGCUCCCAGCGUCGAAGCCAAGCUUGAGAGAAUGGGCCUUAUGAAGACACCUGGGUACCCAGCCUUUUCGGAUCUCCUCGCUCAGUCCCCUCGCGCGCUUGAAAAGUGGAUGGCCCACGCCCAUGGAUUGGAGUUCGAGCAGAAGCCCGAUUAUCGCUACCUUCUCGCUCUGCUCGAAGAUGAGUUGGCGGCAAACGGGUGGGAGAAUGAUGGGAGUUUCGACUGGGUGAAGCCUGAGUUGGCGAGCAAAGGAACGUUGUUCCCUCCGGAAUACAGGUUCGUCGUCGAUCCGAAUGCAGUGCCGGAUACGAAGAGGCCCGUUGAGGAGUUACUUUGACGGGGUGCGGUUAUGACUGUCUUUUAAUAUACAAUGCCCUGUCGCUGUCGACAGGUGCGGGAAUAAACUCAUUUC